AAAAUAUACGGAAGUAGCUCAGAACUUGUCAACAAGAAAGGCCGACUGACAUGGUGAAGUCUUCCUGAAAAAAACCUCAUAUAAUGACGCCUCUCUGACAUCUUUUUUGUGACUUUCAUUUAAAAAAACAAAACAACCAAUCCAACUUAGAGGAGAAUCACUACCACAAUGACAGUCACUUACAACCUCUGCACCCUCAUAGUGUUCACCAUAGCAGCAUGCAGCCAUUUUGAGCCUGCCCUCUGCUCUGUGCGCUGUGGGCAUGCCCUCCAAGUCUUGGACACUAAAGUCGGAGAGAUCAGGAGUUCUGCAUACCACAGCUGGUCCUACCGCUUCGGUUCCACCUAUGACUGCUGGAUGAUCAAGGGUUCUGAGGGAGAACCCAUAGUUCUCAGCUUCUCCCAGUUCUCAGCCCGAUGUAGGAAGGAAUGGGUGUCUAUAAAAUCAUCAGCUGGUGGUGAGCCACUUGUACUUUGUGGCUCCAAGUUGCCACAACCAAUGGAGUUCCCUGGUGGAAAUAUCACAGUGACACACCACUUCCUCCCACAUCUGUUUCCUGUGUCAUCUUUUCUGUUGAAUUUUGCCAGAGACUCUGGUGAAUGCCCAGUAACAUCCUUUGAGUGCCUCGGCGGCCGCUGCCUUCCUCUCUCUUGGCACUGUAACGGUCAGGUGGAGUGUCUUGAUGAAGGUGCUGGCCUCGGCAGCGAUGAACAGGGCUGUGAUGCAGAAGCAGAAACCCCAGAACCCCCAAAGUUUGACAGCACAGAUGAAGAAGAGAUAAAAGCAGACACCUAUGUGGAGAGGAAAAACGAUAGGGACUCUGAGAGACUUCCGAUUGCAGAUAAGCCGACCGGCAGAGAUAUGGAGUCUGAUCUGUGGGCGCUGCUGAAGGAGAGGGCGGAGGAGGAGGCCCAGGUAGAUCAGGAGCAGCCUCAGACUCAGAGGGAGCUCGCUGUGACGCCUACUCCUAUUGAGUGGCCCUGUGGAGGGCUGCUCCAGACCUUCUAUGGGACCUUCUCCCCUCCAGCCAUUCGGGGUCCUGCAAUGUACUGUGUCUGGACUCUGGAUCCUCAGGACUCGAGGCCGCUGAGACUGGACCUGCAGCAGCUGGUGCUGGGGCCCGGGGACAGACUGACUGUGUACAAUAGAGAGCAAGGCAAAGGAGACAUUAUUAAAAUUAUCACCAGCGCCUCCAAUUACAAAUCAGUCCAAGUUGAAUCCCAUACUGGCCUGCUGUCAUUGACCUACGAGACUCUUCCUGGCUCGGAGGGAAGUGGUUUCAACGCCACGUUCCAUGUCGGAACGUACUGCCCCCCUUGGGAGGGUCGUUGUGGGGGGGCUGCAGGAGGCUGCUUUACCCAGGAGCAGCGCUGUGACGGGAAGUGGGACUGUCCAGAGACGGGGAAGGAUGAGGAGGGCUGCAGGGGCUGCAGUCUGAACCAGUUCGCCUGCGGGGUAGCAGGGCAGAGAGCGGUGGCAUCCAGCCACUUUGCAAGCAGGCCAGUGUGUUACCCAGUCACAGAGAGAUGCAACUACCAGCUGUACUGUACUGACGGCAGCGACGAGAGGGACUGCACUGUGUGUCAGCCAGGAACCUUUCAUUGUGACAGCGACAGGUGUGUGUUUGAGAGCUGGCGCUGCGAUGGCCAGGUGGACUGUAAGGACGGCACGGACGAGCUCAACUGCACCGUCAUCCUGCCCCGCAAGGUCAUCACCGCGGCAACAGUGGGCAGCCUGGUCUGUGGGCUUCUGUUGGUCAUCGCUAUGGGCUGCACCUGUAAACUGUACUCGCUCCGGACCAGGGAGUACAGCUUGUUUGCUCCAAUCAGCCGCCAGGAAGCAGAGCUGAUCCAGCAGCAGGCUCCUCCCUCCUACGGUCAGCUGAUUGCUCAGGGAAUCAUCCCGCCAGUGGAAGACUUCCCUACAGAAAACCCCAACGAGACCUCAUCUCUCUCUCUGAGAGGAAUUCUCCAGCUGCUCCGUCAGGACGCCGCCAACUCCCCACACCGCAGACGCAGGCCCCGAUUCGUCCGCCGGGCUGUUCGUCGCAUGAGGAGAUGGGGUCUAAUCCCCAGACCUCCCUCCAGGCCGAGUCAGACGCCGAGCUCCAGCCAGCAGCAGGCGGACCCCGCUCCUUCUGGCCAGGAACCGGCUCACUCCACUCCCACGAGCUCCUCGUCGGCCGUGGAGGCGGUCAACCAGCCGGUGCCUCAGAAGCUUGGCCUGUUGGCUCAGACGGAGCAGCAGCAGCAGCAGCAGCAGCAACAAGGGGCACCGCCUCCUCUUCUGCCACCGCCUGUCGCGUCCCCACCUCCACCUCCGUACGCUCCCCCAGCUCCACCCUCAACUGCCCCCAACACUCCUCCUGUCGCCGUCCCCCCGAGCAGCCCCUCUCUGGCCUCCAUCUUCCACACGCUGGGCCUGAGCAUCUCCCUCUUCAGAGCCUCGCCCUCCUCCUCCACCAACUCCAUGCCCCUCUCUGCCUCCCCCUCUUUCUCCUCCUCCUCGUGCUCCUCCGAUGACGACGUGCUGCUUAUCCCCCUGUCUGAGGACACCACUUCAGAGGAUGAUGUACCCAUGCUCACCUGAAUGACUUCCCCACCCACACACCCACCCUCACCCCUCCUUUAUCUCCUCACUGAUUAAAAACUGAAACCCAGUCUUUCCAUGUUUGUUCGAACUUCAGCACAGGAGCAAGACUCACCCUCACUGUGCAAGUCUGGUGCCUUUUGAAAUUGAGUUGGAUUUGUUGACUUAUGGAAUCAAAGUAUAUGACCAUUUUUUUUUUUUUUUUUUAUUUUUUAAAAAGACCUUGAGAAAGUUUUAGCCGAGCAGCAUGGCUGACGUGUGUUUGACAGAAAGUGUAGGUGAGUAUUGGAUGUGCACUUAAUGAAUGCCAGGCUGCACGUUGAAGGUAAACUUUUGCACAGAAGAAUCUUCCCUAUCCAGAAACUGAGGCAGGCUACUGUCAGGUUGAAUGAUUAGAGUUUUUAGACGAUGUGAUAGAAAAAUAUUGUGUUUGUAUGACUGUGUGAAUGCAGUUUGCGUUUUAGUCUUACAUUUGACCGUGGAGUAUGUCUGUAGAUGUGGAUUGUGUCCACAUACUUCUGCAUCCAGUGUCAUGUAAUAUCACAGAUGAUUAUAUCUAUAAAAAAAAGAAGAAUCACUUCCCCUAUUUAAGUGCCUUUUGAGGAGUUUCCUGUAGGUGGUAAGUUGAGGAGGUCUCCAUGAUACACACUGCACACCAAAACACGCAGAGGCACAUGUUUUCUCACACCAUAGCACGCAUUGACACAUCAGUCGAUUUAUUAUAAAAAAAACAAAACAAACAAAAAACUGCAUGUCUACGCUGCAAGCUGGCAAUAACGUUUCGGGACCCCUAUUUUAGUGCACAUCGAUCGCAGCAUAACUGCGUGUUCACUCUCCAAAUGAAUGUAUGUAAUCUACAAGCAAAAUGUGUCAAAAGACAAUCUCUUUGGUGCCUGAUUUCAGGAUGCGUUUGUGAGUGUGUGUAUGUGUGUGUGUGUGCGCGCGUGUAUGUAGUGUGCACAGGAAGAUGAGGUGCCCCGGUGGUGAAAAGGGGGGGCCCCCGAAUUCACAAAACGACCUCAACUUGAAUCUUCAACCCUUGAGGGGAAUCGAUCGCAUUCUGUCAUAUUUUGACACAACAGACUUGUGGUGUGCCAUUUGUAUUAUUGUACAUUUUAUGGUGUUUUUAUUUCAGGAAGUUACUUCUCUUUUCCUUUUUUUUUUUUUUUUUUCGCUCUAAAGUUCUGUUUAGCUUUGUUGAAUGUAUUAGGGUCGACGUGGAGUAGCCGGAAGUUUUAAAUUUGCAGAGAGAAAGUGAUUUUAUGGUUUAUUAGGGUCAAUUUCACUGUAUAUAAGUAAAAAUGUGGCUGAGAUUAAACAAUUUGCACUUUUA